AUGCGACAGAUUCUUAUAUUCUCCGUGACUUUGUUUUGGCCUGCCCUCGCAUCAACGACGCUCCGGACCUCGCAAAAUGGGAGCACCAUCACGCUAGCAAACGAGCGCAUCACCGCUCUCUUCGCCAAGAACGAAGGUCGGAUCGUGGACCUCUACCUCGAUGGUCAAGACCUGCUGGGCCCGCAGUCGGGCGACACGGGUGUCGGGCCGUAUCUGGACUGCUACUGUAUCCCCUCGGGCUUCUACACCCCGGGCUCCGUCAACUCCAGCCUGCAACUCCUCGAGGGGACAGACGUCACCGGAACGAAAUAUGGAGGCGUCAUCAUGGAUGAGACGUACCCGGCCACGGGCCAGCACUUCCAGCAGUACUGGUUCCUACGCGAUGGGGAAACCGGCUUGCACACCUUCAGUCGAUUGUCCUACUACAACGACACGGCGUCGUUUCUGCGCAAUCUACAGGAGUUCCGGACGCUGUUCCGACCAAAUACGGACCUGUGGACGCACCUGACUUCGAGCGACGUGCAGACGGCUCCUCUCCCCAGUCAAGUAGCCAUCGACGAGGAAGUUGUCGUGCAAGACGCCACGUGGACGCUCAACAAUACACCCAAUGAUCCCUACUACACUCAGUUCUCGGCAUACUUCACCAAGUAUACUUUCUCAAAUGCGUGGCGAGACAAUUCGGUCCAUGGUCUGUACGCGGAUGGGACUACCUCUAAUGGUACCGCGUAUGGGGCAUGGCUGGUGAUGAACACGAAGGGACCGCUGCACUCCGAUCUGACGGUCGACGGGAUCGUUUACAACUACCUCGUCUCCAACCACCACGGGGAAGGGACUCCCAACAUCACCUACGGCUUUGACCGCACAUUCGGCCCGCAAUACUACUACUUCAACGGUGGGAAAGGCUCCGCCUCCCUGGAAGAGUUGAGGUCUGAUGCGGAGUCACUGGCGGAUCCGAACUGGAACCUGGACUUCUACGACUCAAUCGCCAAACAUGUGGUCGGAUACGCACCCACCACCAGACGGGGCAGUGUUCAAGGGCACAUCGUCCUUCCCGAAGAUGCCACCAAGUCUGUCGCAGUCCUCACCGUGGACGGGCAUUAUUUCCAAGACAACUCGGUGGAUUCCUCCUCGUACCAGUAUUGGGCCGAGAUUGACGAGGAUGGGCGCUUCAGUGUGGAUCACGUUAUAGAGGGCAACUACCGGCUGACGGUGUAUGCCGAUGGUGUUUUCGGUGACUUUGAACGUGAUGGCUUGCAAGUCCAGGCCGGGAGGACAACCACGGUCAAACAAACCUGGGUUGCAGAAUCUGCGGGUAUCGAGAUCUGGCGAUUGGGAACACCAGAUAAAUCUUCCGGGGAGUUCCGACAUGGCAUUGCCAGAGACCCGACCCAUCCACUGCAUCCUCCAGAAUACCUGAUCUUCUGGGGGGCGUAUGACUGGCAACGAGACUUCCCGGAGGGAAUCAACUACACCAUCGGCAGCAGCGAUCCGACAAUGGACCUGAAUACCGUACACUGGUCAGUGUUCGGGCCUACCCCAAAUGAUCCAGAGGUAGAGUACAACACCACACAUGACUGGACGAUCAACUUUCCCCUGCGCCAGGACGAGCUUCAACAGCGCUCGACCGCCACACUGACCAUCCAGCUCGCGGGAGCAAAGGCAGCACCGGGGAAUACCGACGUGUACGAUCCUGCAGAGACGUACAAUAACCUUGCGCUGGAGAGCUAUAUCAACGACCAGGAAGACCCGCUCACCCUGUUGGUCGGGUUCAACCAGUCAAGCAGCUGCAUUGUCCGCUCGGCUGUCAGUUGCUAUCAAGUCCGCUCGCGAAUGCAAUUCCCAGCAGAUUGGCUGAAGGUCGGUAACAAUGUUCUGACUCUGCACCUUCCUUACAAUGCCACGGACACGGAGACGGCGGUUCUGCCUGCGACGGUGUAUGUGCAGUAUGACGCACUGAGGCUGGAGCUUUCGUAGGUCUGUGUAGAUCCUAAAAUUUCGAAGAAAGAGCGCGCCUCCGACACGCGUGGGAGCAAAAUGCGUGUCCACAGCUAUCUGUGCAGAUCGCGGGCAUGAACAGAGACUAUCUUCAAAAAUCUAUCAUCGGUUCCAG